CUUAUUUACGCACGGGGGCUAUUUGUGUAUUUACGUUUAUACGUUAUCAACGUUUAUUACAAUGAGUAGUUCCUAAUAAAUAAAAAAUUAAAUAUGCAUUUACUAGAUUCCAAAUAAUUCUUAAUGUACAAAUAAUUUAGAAAAGAGUUUUAAAACAACAAAACAACAGUGCUCCUAUAAUAGUGUUAUUAUUUAUAUAGUGUUCUUUGUUCUUGAUUACAAUGAAUCUUGUUAAAGCUUUAUUGUUUAAUUUAUUAAGUUUAAGUAUAGGAUUUGCGUAUAAGCCUGUGGUUUUAAUGCAUGGAAUUAUGACUGGGAGUGGUAGUAUGGAAAUAAUAAAGCAUAGAAUAGAAGAGAAACAUCCCGGAACAGUUGUGUACAACGUGAACAGGUUCGAGAGCUGGUCCAGCUUGGAAAGUAUGUGGCACCAAGUUUUGGAAAUUGGUUUGGACGUGGCUAACAUAUCUGCGUCACAUCCUGAAGGAAUCAAUUUAAUAGGAUAUUCCCAAGGAGGUCUGGUAGCAAGAGGGAUCGUCGAGACAUUCUCUAAUGUGUCUGUUAGUACUUUCAUAUCACUCAGUUCACCACAAGCUGGUCAAUAUGGAGCUGGUUUUCUGCACUUGGUGUUUCCGGGCUUGGUCAAAGAAACUGUCUAUGAGUUGUUCUACUCGAAAGUUGGUCAGCACACAUCCGUCGGCAAUUACUGGAACGACCCAUACCAUCAGCCGCUGUACGAGACCUACUGCAUGUUUUUGCCUUACCUAAAUAAUCAUAAACAGUCGAAGAAGUCUGAAGAAUUCAAAGCCAACAUGCUUAGACUGAAGCGGCUGGUACUGAUCGGGGGACCGGACGACGACGUCAUCACACCCUGGCAGAGCAGUCAAUUCGGCUACUACAACGCCAACGAAACGGUCAUCGAGCUUCGCAAUCAGGAAAUCUACAAGGACGACAAAAUAGGACUGAAGAGUCUAGACGAGUCGGGCAGGCUACACGUCCUCAGCGUUCCAGGUGUGAACCAUUUCAAUUGGCACAUGAACGUCAGCGUAGUCGACGACUAUCUGUUGCCAUAUUUAGAUUAGAACUUCGACGUCAAAGGCGUAAGGUCGUAUAGCAGUAGUAGUUUUAAUUUUUCAACUGGAAAGGCAAAGGUAUCAUAAUACCAUACAGCCUAAUCAGAAUACAGAUAUUAAAAUUAAAAUG